GUGUACUGACGAAGAGGACAUUCUGGACAUCAUCAUGACGGUGUAUUACAAGGUUCUGAGUAUCGCUGUAUUGGCCACGAUGGUGAGCAGCGAGCCACCAGUGUCUUACAACUACCAACCUCCCCAAAAUAACUACCACACUAAUAAUUACAACACCCCUAGCAACAGUUACCUCCCUCCAAACACAGGUUUUACAGCACCGAGUAAUAACUACUUACCGCCUAAUUCGCUUGGUUCCGGCCACGACUCGUACGACCACGGCCACGGGGACUCCCAUGGUCACCACCACGACAACGAAGUUCCAAAAUCGUAUGAAUUCGGGUAUUCCGUGAAGGAUGCUCAUUCUGGUAAUGAUUACGACCGACGAGAGACCUCGGAUGGUAACGUAGUACGUGGGGAGUACAGGGUACAACUUCCUGAUGGACGCACACAGAUAGUGACGUACCACGCCGACUGGAAGACUGGUUUCCACGCUGACGUCAGGUACGAGGGUGAGGCGAGAUAUCCUGAACCUACCCACAACGUUCAACAAGGUUACAACUACAACGCUCCAAGUGAUUUCAGCGGUUCCUUAACUGGCUUCCACAACGGGAACUCUGGGUAUAGACCGUCGACAGCGUACGGACCACCAGGCUACCAUUGAUUCACCACCACGAAACAACCAUAGACUAAUUAUGACCUAGUUUAUUUGCGAGCAAAGAAAUGUUGAAUAUAUUGUCAUCGAAUGGCUUGGAAGUUUCAAACAGACUUGAACAAAUGACGACAAAUUUAGUAUCAGAGACAGAUUUUGGAACACAAUAUAGAUUUUAAAAAUAGAACACAUAUUUGUUCUAUUUUUAAAAUAAAUUAGAAUUUCAAAAAUGUAUCUGUG